GGCGCGGCGGGCCCCGCGCUGGCCUUCAGCGAGGACGUGCUGACCGUGUUCGGCGCCAACCGCAGUCUGUCGGCCGCGCAGCUGGAGCGCCUGCUGAAGCAGCUGGGGCGCGCUCCCGCCCUGGGCGCCUUGCAGCCCGGACAGCUGCACUUCAACCAGUGUUUAUCCGCGGAAGAGAUCUUUGCCCUGCACGGCUUCUCCAACGACACCCAGAUCACCAGCUCCGACUUCCCUGCCGUCUGCCCAGCCGUCGUACAGCAGCUGAACUUCCACCCCUGCCAGGUCCGGGCCCCCCACAAGACGAAACCGAGUCUCUCGGAAGUUUGGGGAUAUGGAUUCCUGUCGGUGACAGUUAUCAAUCUGGCGUCUCUCCUCGGCUUGAUUUUGACCCCGCUGAUAAAGAAGUCUUAUUUCCCGAAGAUUUUGACCUACUUUGUGGGGCUGGCUAUCGGGACGCUGUUUUCAAACGCUAUUUUCCAGCUGAUUCCAGAGGCUUUUGGAUUCAAUCCCAAAAUCGACAACUAUGUAGAGAAGGCAGUGGCUGUGUUCGGUGGAUUUUACAUGCUUUUCUUUGUUGAAAGAAUUCUUAAGAUGCUGCUGAAGACAUAUGGCCAGAAUGAUCAUUCCCACUUCGCGAACAAUGACUUUGGUCCUCCCCAAGAGAAGCCUCAUCAGCCCAAAGCGCUGCCGGCCGCCAACGGGGUGACGUGCUACGCAAACCCGGCUGUCACGGAGCCCAAUGGGCACAUCCACUUCGACAGCGUCAGUGUGGUGUCCUUGCAGGACACAAAGAGGGAGCCCAGCUCAUGGACCUGCCUGAAGGGGCCCAAGCUGUCAGAGAUUGGCACCAUCGCCUGGAUGAUCACACUCAGCGACGCCCUGCACAACUUCAUCGACGGGCUGGCCAUCGGGGCCUCCUGCACCCUGUCCCUCCUCCAGGGACUCAGCACCUCCAUAGCCAUCCUGUGCGAGGAGUUUCCUCACGAGUUAGGCGACUUUGUGAUCCUGCUCAAUGCGGGCAUGAGCACCCGGCAGGCACUGCUCUUCAACUUCCUGUCCGCCUGCUCCUGCUACGUCGGCCUGGCUUUCGGCAUCCUGGUGGGCAACAACUUCGCGCCCAACAUCAUAUUUGCACUCGCUGGAGGCAUGUUCCUUUAUAUUUCUCUGGCAGACAUGUUUCCCGAGAUGAACGACAUGCUGAGGGAAAAGGUGACGGGCCGCCGGACCGACCUCACCUUCUUCCUGAUCCAGAACGCCGGCAUGCUGACGGGCUUCACCACCAUCCUGCUCAUCACCCUGUACGCCGGCGACAUCGAGCUGGAGUGACAGCGGGGCCGGGACACUGCCAGAGGGACUUCUAAGCUGACCCCGCAGUUAAAUAUAACUUUGUUUUCAGCUGUAGGUCAAGGAAAGUGAUGAUUGGCAUCAGAUCUGUGCAGCAGGCCAUUAUUUGUUCUUUGAAAUGCUUCAGGUCUCCCGUUUCAGUCCCCAAAGUCCGUAUAGGAGAUUUUUGGACAAUUCCCAUGCUCCCCACGUCAGAGAAUCACCAGUCUGCCCAGUGCCAGAAGUGCUCACUCUGUAGGGACUCAGACACCAGACCAGAGAGCAAAGUAGGUCCCAGGAGCCUCUGCGGCUCUGGCGGGCCCGAGGCCGGCAGGGCUCGAGCUUUGUUUUCGGUUAUUCGCAAGCACAGCAAAAUGUGGAGGUGCGUGCCCCUCGGCUUGGCACAGCGACUCCCAGACUCGUGAGCCGGGAGCCUCUCGGCCUUUGUUCUGGCUCUGUCCCGCUUUUCUCUUCAGUCGUGGGGACUCGUAGGGUCACUUGAAGGCCAUUCUGGAAAAACAGGAAUCCUGACAUCAGAAGCUGAGCUAGCCCACUGGGUUGACUUUUUCCCAAACUGCCCCAUGUGUCCACCCCCCCGGAGUGGCUCCCCCGGAGGGCCAGAUGGCUUUCCUGUGGCCAACGGGUGUUCCCGUCCCACUGGCAGGGCACAGGGGUGUGCUGGUGAUGCCGCGGCGCUGAGCAGGGGGCAACAGGUUGGUGCACAGGCAGAAGGGCACUAAAACGUGAAGAAAUGUACUUCUGAAGACGACACAAUUACUCAGCAAAGACUACUUUUAAGUCAAUGCAGAGCAGAGGCCAGCUGCCGUGUCCAGGCGAUGAGCAGGUGACCAGGUGCCUUGCGGGGCGUGAGAGCCAUCCGGGAAAGCCUGCGCUGCAAUCUACUUUUUUCUAUAUGGUAGCUAGAUCUGGGCAAUCAGUUUAGUGCACUGUGCUUGCUUUUCUGCCUCUUCUAAAGAUAGAGCCUGUCCACUCAUUUAGGAGCUGGAGAGAGUUGGCCGGAAAUUGAGCUUCGUGACCCCAGUUCACACUCCCAAGACACUCAAGGAAGUAGGACUUGACAGGAAAAUGGCGGAGAAAAGCCGGCACUGUCUCAGGAGUGACAUCUUCCCACAGACUGUGAAGCGCCGGCUGCAGCCGGGCAGGCCUGAGGGUCCCCAGGGAGGGCCAAGCAGCUCACUUGGUGCCGAAGUUAAAGGUCGCCGGAAGCCAAGAAGCACCCACCUGUGGAACCAGGGCUGGUGUCGUUCAGUGUCCUGAGUGCGCCUUUUUGAGGGGCUCCUGUAUCUGGUGUUAUGGGGGGUGGGGGAGGGAGCAACAGGAAAUCGACGAUCUGUUUAUUUCUAAGAUAUCCAGAAAAUAAAAACUACAAAGAGUAAUCAUUGUUCAUUAAAAUAAGUAAACCCAAUGCAUUUUUAUCACUUUCAUCGGAUUGCAUUUGAUCUUAAGAAAUAAUGUUUACUGUUUAAAGCGAAGAUUGUAUGUCUGGGUGACGCUGUUUACAACGUGAAA